AUGUCUUCGCACCCACCUUUGAGAGACGUCCCAGAACUGACAGCUGUAGAACGUGCUGGCCCCAGAGGUUACCUCCGCUAUGUCUUUCCGAUGCGUCUGCCAGAUGACUACAACCUCGAUGAGGUCUUAAAUGUCAUUGAGUCUGGUUACAAAGCUACGUGCCAGAGAAUUGGCGUCAUGGCGUCUGAAGCGGUUCCAGACCCUGAUGCCAGGCAGGCCAACACUCUGAAACUUCAAAGGCUCCCCAAUGACCAAGUCGGUAUUGUGAGAUACAAGGACUUGAGGGAUCCAGAAGUGUACUCGUGGGACUACAAGGCCUUGAAAGCAAAACACUUUCCCAUAACGGCCUUUGAUGCUGAUCUACUGAUGCCUGGCCCCUUGUGGCCUGAGCCUGGAAAGCGACUCCCGAUAUCUCUUGUCCAAGUCAACUUCAUACGGGGCGGUGUUCUCAUCGGAUGGAACGUCUUCCACAUGGUCGGUGACGCAACGACAUACCUAACGUGGACAAGAAUUUGGGCUGAAGAAUGUCGUCGCCGCCAAGGCCUUCAGAUACCCGAUCCAUUUGUUAUCGACGAUGCUAUGGUGACCGAUAGACAACGUGUCACACAACCAUCAGGCAACAACAAGGGGAGAGCAGAGGAUCACCCUGAGUAUACAAUUCUGCCCUUCACCCCCACUGGUGCAUCCCCGGCUAUGCUGAGCACAACCUUUCGUGGUCAAGUCUUUUACUUUUCUCCAGAAUCCCUGUCUGCUCUCAAGGCCGAGGCAGCGCCUGCAAACGCAACCAUAGAGACAAACCAGCAGUGGAUUUCCACUAAUGAUGCUUUUUCGGCUUUGAUGUGGCGUACCGCUGUGGCAGUUCAAGCACCCCUUGACAGUCUUGCGGAAGAUGAGGAUGCGUCUUCGGUAUUUAACAUGGCUGUCAACGGAAGAACCCGUACGGAUCCUCCUGUACAUCCUCAGACUCUCGGCUGUUUCCUUCAAUACAUCAGUGUGUCAGCGCCCAUUCGGGACAUUUUGGGAAGUCUGAGUCUGGCCGAUCUUGCUAUAAUGAUACGGAAGGAGAUUCUUUUGCGUCUCACCAACCAGUUCACCGACGAUGUGGUGACACUCAUUGAUAAGCUCGAAGAUGUCACGAGACUCGUUCCCACGGCAUUUUUGGAUGUCCUUGGCAAGACAUCUGUGCAGACGUCGUGGGCCGAGUUCGACUUGGCCACUGUGGAAUGGGGUCCGCUUCUAGGAGAUAGGAUUGAAGCCGUUCGUUGUCCAAACACUGGUAUCCUGCCAGGAACACACGUUGUUCUGCCCGCCCUGCCCAAUGGUGGUGUUGAAGUUGUGUUUGGGACAGAAGGAGAACUGCUGCAAAAGGUUCUGGAAGAUCCUCUGUGGGCCAAGUUUGCUGAGCCUAGAACAUCUGUAUCUCUUCUUCAGAAACUUUCCACACUCCUAUCUGUUGAACGAAGUUUUCUCUCGGUCAUAGGGGGAACAGGUCAUUAUGCUGGGAUCAUCGCUGAUAUCCGCGAUAAGUUAAGUUGGAGACAUCGCCCUAUCGACAAAAGGAUCAAAGUACGUGUUUUCGUGAGGAUUGAUCAGCCAGACCCCGGACGUUAUAUAUGUCUCGACAAGGAAGUCCACGAUUAUCUCUACGGUGAUGGCCCCCCACCUUUUGGUGUUGAUGGAAGUGGCAGUGGGUUUCGUAUGGUUGAAUUUGGGACUGGCAUGCAGUAUGAUGAGUUCGAUCCGGACUUCGCUCAACCUUUCUUAUAG